AUGAGUGCUUUACCCUGGCUCAACAAGUUGUCCGUAAAAUACUCCAAACAGCUAGCGUCUCAGUUCUCCAAGUAUCCAGAGGACGACAAAGUACCCUCGCAUACCGUGAACUCGUUUUAUCGCGCCAUUUGGUUUACUGUCCUCGAAAAAGCAAUAAAGCCAGACUCCAGACCGAAGAAGAGUCCGGAGGUAGCAUCUCUCAGCCCUUCGACAUCUGAUCCGUGGGAAGUAGCCGACUUCAUAUUUCUCGAGCUGUUGAGGUCAUCCCGGAGUGAAGACGGGACUUCCACUGAGGAAAAGCGGGAGUACAAGGACAGCCUUCGGAUGCCACAAAGCCAGUUCAGAACCUUGAUGUGGCACCCAAAAGUACUGAACUCCGUGGGUAAAUUGGUCAGAAUCAACUCCACAGUUAUGCAAGAGGCAACCGAGAAUCUCGACGAGGUAUGUGAUGGAUUCAAUGAGUCUCUCUGGCCAGAAACCGAGCCGCUGACUUUUGGAGAACAUGGCUAG